AUGGUGGAAAGGCGCGGAGGCGUGGCCGACAUCCUUGCCUUCCUCGCCCCGAAUGCAUUGACGGCUGUGGAUCUCACAGCUGAAUCUCGAGUGGCAGAGCCGACAGCUGGAAAUGAAGUUGAAGUAUCUCGGUGGGGUGGUGGUGCCCUCCAGCAGCCCACCUGCAUUGACGAGGUGGCUGCGCCGGCAGAGGGGGGCUGCAGACCUUUUGCAGACCCUUUUGCUGUGGAGAGGGCAGCGGCGGCCGUGGCGCCCCUGUUCGGGAAGCUGAACCGAGCUUCGUGGUCGUCGAGACGGCAGGCCGAGGGAAAGAGGGCGAGGCCUGAGCGCUGGGCUGGCCCACUCUCCGCCCCGAGGCUCACCCGAUCAUUCCUGACUUGA